ACGCUGCGAACCGAGCGUUGAAUUAUGCAUUCGGACUAACAAGGGAAAGUGAUGCUCAGAGAGGAGGACAGAGGACUCGGAGAAGAUGCAUUAAAAGGGCGAUGAAGUUAUGUGAAGCGGUUUCUCGUCGCAGCGUUAUACGCACAUAUGAUUAAUUUAAUAUAGUGUUUUAUUGCUACGCAGUACUACACGGGGUGGAUUUUAUUGCAAAAGAAAACGAUAGCAGAUAUCGGAUGGUCGGAGAAAGGAAGAGAGAGUGAGUGAGUGAGGCAGGGGGUAUAUGAUUUUAAUGAUGACUUACAGGCUACAGCGGACCGUCACUUAAUUUUGAAUUACAGCUUGAAUAGCGUGGAACUUCGCAAUUCUGAGGAAAUAACAAAAACGCGUUUUAUUCCGUAAAGGAGAGGUGGAUGGAGAAACAGGCAAAAGAAAAGGCUCUCUGAUGAAAAGAACAACCUCCCUUUGGACUAAACAAAAAAUGAUGAAUGUGCUUUUUCCUUGACUGGUCCGGCACAACAGAAGGGGCUCCACUUCAAUUAGCGAGGACAUCUGAGGACGCUUCUUUCCAAAAGCCAGAACUGAACAAUGACAGUGAACAAUGGCACAUAAUUACAAAUAACUCCUUUUUGUGGCUUUCCAUUCUGAGUGAGGAAGAGAAGUCAGAUUCUGAGAGCUUGCGUGCCGUGAAAGAGGAUUUGAAAUACUGGCUUGCAACUGAACUGGUUAGUUGGAAUUCAUGAGGGACCUUGAGAGAGAUAUCUUAUAGUUUUUCCAUUCUGAGGGCCAUUUUAUCGACAAAAAGUGAGCAUACUGUUGCUGAUUUAAAUGAUUCAAUCACUUGCUGUCACAGAAUAUUUUUACUGAUUGGAUAAUUCUUGCGAAUCUCAACUUUCCUGGACAUUCUGCACGGACCGCCACUCCUCUGGAUUAAACCCGCUCAGGAUGUACACCGUUGCAUCUCACUGAUUCUCAAACAUCAACCCAAUGAGAAGAAGCAUACUCACAGUCUGGCAAACAACAGACACUCAAACAGCAGGAAAGAAAUCCAGUGAGUCGAUGUGGAGUCCAUUAGCUUUCACUGCCAGAUCUCCCUCAGAGCUGAAACAGCACCUACUCAGCUUUGGUGUCAGAAGGUGAAAGAAGACACACCACAAGUCCAAAGUCCAAAUGGACUUCUGAAUCAUCUUCUCUAAAGAACCAUUAUAUUGGUUGAAUUGUGCUAUAAAAGGCAAGCGGAGGUGAGGAGAGCUUGCUGGUUGCAUGAUGGCUCCUGAAGGUAUAGGGGAGCUUCGAGACUUGCUCUUCUUUCUGCUGCUGUGCUUCACACUGUUGGCUGAGCUAUUGGAGAUGACUGCAGCUUCUUCACAGGGAUUGGAUGGUGAAGGUGACAUAGUGUGCCCUUCUGUGUGUCGCUGUGAUGAGGACUUUAUUUACUGCAACGACCGUGGAUUGAGCGCAAUCCCACCUCUACCACCAUCUGCAACUGUCCUUUAUCUUCAGAACAAUCACAUUGACAAUGCAGGGCUUCCUAGGUCCUUGGAGCAUCACACUACUGUGCGUGUUAUAUAUCUCUAUGAUAACGAGCUUGAUGAUUUUCCCAUGCAUUUGCCACCUUCAUUAAGAGAGCUCCACCUGCAGGACAACAACAUUAGAGUGUUGCCAAGGACUGCACUUGCUAGACUUCCGCUCCUUGAAAAGUUGCAUCUCGACGACAACUCUGUUUCUACAGUGAGUAUUGAGGACCAAGCCUUUGCGGACAACCCUCGGUUACGUCUACUCUUCCUUUCCAGAAACCACCUUUCCAGCAUUCCAUCUGGUCUUCCUGCCUCACUUGAAGAACUCCGUUUAGAUGACAACCGAAUCUCCACAAUUCCCACUCAUGCCUUCCGAGGUUUGUCCUCUUUACGCCGCCUGGUCUUGGAUGGUAAUCUUUUAGCUAAUCAACGCAUAGCUGACGAUACCUUCUCACGCCUGUCAAACUUAACAGAACUCUCCCUGGUCCGUAAUUCACUUCAAACACCCCCCCUUAACUUGCCCAGUGCCCAUCUGCAGAGACUCUCCCUUCAGGACAAUAACCUUAUACACAUGCCUCGGGGCUCACUUGAUGGAAUGCGCAGACUACAACGCCUAGAUCUUUCUGGAAACAAUCUGACUACCCUUCCCAGAGGAUUGUUCAGGGACUUGGAUAACCUUGGGCAGCUGCUUGUGCGAGGAAACCCAUGGCACUGUGGGUGCAACUUGCGCUGGCUGCAUGACUGGCUGGAGGCAAAGGGGAACACAAUUACUGUGAGAGGCUUUAUCUGCCAGACACCAGAGCGAGUCCGAGACAUGGCGCUUAGAGAUCUCACAAAUCAGAUGGAUGAAUGUGAGUUAUCUGCUGCUGCUGGUGGAGGAGUAGGUACAGGGGUUGGCGUUGGCGGUAACAGGGUGAGUGGAGGAGCGGUGGGAGCCAUUUCUACCACUCUUUCUCCCCCUCAAGGGUCCCUGUUCACUCUCAGAUCCAAGCGACCAGGCCUGGGUCUUCCAGAAACAGGGUUGGACUACACAUUAAGCAGCAGUGGUGUGGGCAAGAACCUAGCCCUGAAUGUGAAACCCUUAUCCCAUGACAGCAUCCGUGUUACUUGGAGUGUAGCACAAACAUCUUCUUCCUUUCGAUUAAGCUGGCUUCGCCUGGGAACUAGCUCUGCCAUGGGGUCCAUCACAGAAACUUUGGUUAGAGGUGACCGGCGGGAGUACCUUCUCACUUCCCUGCAGCCUGCUUCCAGCUACAUCAUCUGCAUGGUGCCUCUAGUGUCUAACAGUGGUAGCAGAAGCAAUUUGCCUGGCGGGGACACAGAAUCAAAUGAGGUUCCAGUUUGUGCCAGAACAGAGACGUCUGAUCCCAGCCAGCCUGAUGAUGAACAAGGGGAAGAUGAGAGCUCUGAUCAAAUGACUUCUCUUCCACUUGCGGGAAUUAUUGGAGGUGCAACGGCAAUAGUUUCCCUCGCUCUUAUUAUUGCCAUUUUCUGCUGGUAUGGGCACCGUGCAGGGCACCUCGCAUCACGAGACCAUUACAGCCAUAGUGGCUCUCGCAAGAGCAAACACUAUGAUGACUACAUUGAGUCAGGCACAAAGAAAGACAAUACCAUCUUAGAGAUCAGAGGUCCUGGAUUUCAGAUGACACCAAUGGCAACAAGGCAGUCUCUUCAACCCAAACCAGUGCGAGAGGAUUACCUUAUACACACCAUCUUCCCCUCGAAUGGCACAGGUCUAUACAAGCCAUCCCAAAACAUAACCAACUCUGGCUAUGGUACCAACCGUGGCUAUAGAGAAGGAGGCAUUCCAGAUAUAGAUUACUCUUACACAUGAUAGCUUUGAUUUAGAAACCAUAAUUAGGAGUCAUGUAUUGCAUAGAUACACAGUUUUUAAUCAACAUGGGCUCUGCAGAAUCCCUUUGUGCCUUCUGGUCUCCAUUACAAUGUAGCCUGCUGUUCAUGAGACUAUAACAUUUUUAAUUGGCCCAGAUGCUUAUAGGAAGCAUUAUAAAUGUGGUGCCAGGAGGCAAUGAUGCCAUUUCAGGUGGUGAUACCAAAUGCUAUUUUCACCUCCCGGUGUAAUGAUCAGUGUCCCUGACAUUGCUGUUUCAUCUCUGGCUGUGCAUUGAGGUGGAUUCAAGGGCAGCCCACACUGCAUUCAGCUUACAGACUGUUCACAGAGCUCAAUGCAUAUAUGGGAGAGAGGCAGCCUUCUCAAAGGAAAUAACCAACCUGAUAUACAUUUUAAUAGUUGACUCCUAUGAAAUGAAGGUCCCUGAGUCAAGGAUUUGAUCCAGGAUUGUGAGUCCUGCAUAAAGGAAGAUAACUUCUUUGCUCAGAGAAACUGGAAAUGUGUUGUGGGAUGUGAUCCUUAUGGAAAAUGCAUGGGUUCACAUGCAUAGUUGUUUUUCGGAGAUAUGAGCUGCAGAAUAUGACUACUAUUCCUAUUAAAGAAGGAGUGUCUGGACCAAGCAACGACAUGGCCCUAAAAAACUACAGCAAGGUUUGAAAUGCCUCAAAAACUAAAAUAAUUUGAAAUCUUAUACACUUGAAAGCUGCCUGAUGCUACUAUGAUAACGUCCAACAAGCGUUACGCUGAUUGUUUUACUUUCAGACUGGUGUAAAGUUGAGAGGAUGAAUGAAAGGGGUUUAUGUGUCUUGAGAACUUUCAAUUUUUAAAAUUGCAACUGAACCCUGGUAUGUUGAUAGAAACAAACAACGCAAGUUAGAUAUUUGACAUUGUCAUGACUCUGUUCCCUAGUGAUUUUUGUUUCUUGGUUCUUUCCAGAUUUGUUUCACUUUAAUUUUUAAGUUAUAAAGCCCUGCUGAUAGUUUCAAUGAAAUAUUCAAACAAAGGUUUUCCUUUAUAACUGAGGUCAGUGUGUUAUCACUUUUCCAUUUUUAAAUCCCCCAAACAACCAAUCAGAGCUACAGCAGCCAGACAAGCCAAGCUAUCCCACUGUAUCAACAAACUGUCCCGGUUUACACAAACAUGGCAGUCUCACACUUAUUAAAAAUGGGAAUAUAUCUGUAAAAAACUUAAUGGUAACACAAAACUUUCUUGUUUUCAAUAGAUCGUCCCCAGUAAUGUUUUGCACAGAGAGUAAACCAAUGUUCUGUUAAGGUGGACCAUGGUUUGUAGGUUGCUUGGCUACAUUCUUAGCACAAUAUUGCUUAUUUACAUCUCCAAAUGUCACUGAAGAAAAGGAUAUGGCCUCGCUGCUAACCACAGCGGUUGUACUGUUACGAGUUUUAGGAAGAAGAGGGAGGGUGUUAGAGGGAAACCAGGAAUUUGAACCAUAACACUGUGGACCAUCACUGUGGGAGAUAGAGAGUGCAUUAGAUUGUUGUAUAAUUUUGUGAGGUGGAUACAUUUUUGCUGAAAAUUCUUUUUCAUUUAUUUCCUUGUGUAGCAAUUAUCCUUUUGUUAAUGUCUUCAACCCAUUCAUUUAAGCCAACAGCAGGAGAGAAUGCUAAUAAAGGAGCUCUUAUCAGUCAACUUACGCAAAGGUAGACACUGAGAAAAGGUAUGUGUGUGUUGUACGAAAGACUUUCCCCGAGUCUCUGGACAUUUCUGUUCUGCUCUGCUGUAUUUGUAUUUAUGUAUUUGAGGACUUGUGGAGAAUUUAAGACAGCUUACACUGCCUUGUAUUUUAUGUACUCUUUGGCAAUGUACUGUACUUGUCAAAAAUUGGAAAGGAUGGAUGGAGAGAGAAAGCGAGAGAGAAGUAGAAUGUUUCAAACUGAAAAAUACCAAGAGAUUUCACUGAUAAAACAUGGAUUUCAUAUUAAAACAGGGGCCUAACCGAAAUGAAGGCUGUGGUGUUGAACUGUGCAUGAAAUGUUUUGUCAUCUUUUUGCUGUCUGCUGUUGUGCUGGCGUUUGGUCUUUCUCCUUUCUCUCUGCACAAAGGAUGACUACUAACUUCUGUUUCAGAGAUGGAAAUGAAUCAAGACUUCAUGGCAUUUCAGUGCAAAUUGGUUUUACAGUCUCACAGUAAGUUUUUCUUUGUAAACCAAAAAUAUCACUGUGCUUUUAAUGAGCCUUUUUAAAUUUUACCUGUGGGGUUUUCAGACUUUUAUUUAUAGGCCAGAUGAGAGACAACUACCCACGGUUGCCAUUGCUUUGAUAACAUAGCCCAUUUACACACACAUAAAUAUAUAUAUAUAUAU